AUGGUUCACUCUCAUCAUUCCCAUUCCGGUCAAUAUGUAUCGCACGCCGUGGACAGCUUAGACGACAUUAUUUCGAGGGUGAAGGAUAUGAACUUUGAGGUGUUCUGUCUUACAGAACACGUUCCUCGAUACGAUAACAAAUUGAUGUAUCCUGAGGAAAUAGACAAAGGAUAUACUGUUGACUCAUUAGUCGAGAAUUUUGAGAAGUACUACGUGCAUGCGCGAUCUAUCCAGAAGGCUGUCAACGCGGAUCGCUCUUCCAGACUGAAAAUCCUCGUUGGAUUUGAGACAGAAGGAGGAAUAGACGAAUUUCACCUAAAUAAAUGUCUGCAAUUCAAGCGAGAACUGAGACCCGAUGUAAUAGUUGGAUCAGUUCAUCACUUGAAAGGGGUUGAUCUGGACUUCAAUCGCAAGAAAUGGCUGGAGGCAAAAGGAGAUCUCUCGUUGCAAGCGUUCUUCCUGGCAUAUUUCAAGCAACAGCAGGUAAUGGUGAGGACGCUCGAACCCGAGGUAAUUGGACAUUUCGACCUAAUCCGUCUAUUUGCUCUCCCCCACGACAGGUGUGAAGAUACGGGAAAAGAGCUCAAAGACAUCAAUAUAGAAAAAGACUGGCCUGAGGUCUGGAAAGUGAUUACCGAGACGGUAGAGCUUAUUGUUUCGCAAGGAGGUCUUGUCGAAUUGAACACUGCUGCAAUUCGCAAAGGCUGGACCACUUCAUAUCCCAAAGAUGACCUGUUCCAGCUAAUUCGCGAAAAGGGGGGCAGGUUCUGUCUCAGUGACGACUCUCACGGAGUCAAGCAGGUGGGCCUCAACUAUGAGAAGGCUUUGAAACACCUGCAGGAACUCGGCCUAGAUAAACUGUACUACUUGGAUUUGGAUGAAUCUGGCACACCCUUCAUCAAUAGUCGCACUCUAGAGGAUAUUGCAGCUGACCCUUUCUGGAAUAAUUACAACUGAGUUCAUAGAUAAUUAAUUUCGUUAGUAAAUAUCUCUAAGUUGGGGAUUUUUGGAUCCGUCUAGCACCUGCGUUAGACUGGCUUUUCCCUGUGAUAACUACUCUAUCCAGCUCCUCAGACGUCUCAGACAAUGCAGACCUGGCAGGUUCUUCCUGGGGAUGGUAUCCGCCAAGAGCAACAACCUCUGAUAUAUAUCCGUGUAAGCUUUUUCUCAUCGGAUCAUGAGUACGCUUAUACUCCUCCAUGAUGCUGUAAUAACGCUCCUUUUUUUGCGGGUCGGAAAGCUGGUUCAUAAGUGAGAACUCUUCCAGGUGCAUCUUGGUGGUCUUGUGAGUUAGAUAGAAUUCCUUGAGCAAUUCAUCGGUACCUAGCAUUUUUAGAAGCAUCGGCAGCUUGUGGGAAUUGUAAAACUUUCUCAAAUCCACGUUCUUGACGAGAUGGCCACUCAACGCAUACGCGUGCUGCUGAAGCGUGGCUGUCGAAACCCAGAAUCUCAACUCAUCGAUGAAUAGAUGGUUAUUGAAAUGUUUUUUUCGAAGACCUCCGUUAUACUCCGAAUUGAGCACUGUGGCAAAAUCGUGCGGAAUGAGACAUGGAGAGCCUUCCAUCAUAGACAACUUGAGUGGCGACAGCUCGGAAUAGGUGUAGGAAUGGUUAUUUCUGCAAUUGUAUAUCUGCAGUUGUUUAUUUCUCUCCAACGCUUCAGGAGACCUCUCUGGGCCUUUGUUUGACUUGACGGGAGCACGCUUCACAUUACGAGAAGCACCUGGAUCGCUAAGUCCUUCUGUUUGCUCUGCUGGGAGAGCAUCCUCACUUUUUCCCUGUUCGUUAUUGGCCUUUCUCUGCCGGUCCAAUCUCUCCAAUCUUGGAGGUAUUUUGAUAGUAUCCGUCAGGGCCAAACCGGUGAUAUCAAUGUACAUUCCGCUGUCCACGUCGAUGAACCUUGCGUCUAUAUUAUUUCUGCCGUUUCCUUUUGUUCUGUGUGUCGGAUAAGGUCCACAAUCAACGUAGUAUUUACCGUAGCCGUGCUGGACAUCCUCGACGAUAAGCGAGUUGUUGUACUUCAUGCAAAACCGAUCGAAGUCCAUGAUCGGCAUCUGGACGUCAAUGUCGUUAUCCCAUUCGAACACUAACGCGUUCCAGUACCAGCUCAGAAGUGUGCCAUGAGCCAGAAAGGACACAAUACCCUCCUUGUACGUAAAUUGCAACCAUGUGUGAAUAAUCCUGUGAAGCAUGAUUUUGCGCUUUUCGUUCACGUCGUCGUACUCGUUGAGCUUGGACUCUGUCACAAAGCCAUUGAAAAAACGGAAAUCGUAAUGGCCUCCGUUUUCGGUCACCUUGUGGCCGUUGUAUGUAGCAGGCCAAUUGAUGUUCACCUCUCUAAAUGACUUUUUCAGUUUCGUCGAAGGAAUCGAUCUGGAGUAUUUGAGAGUCUGCAAGUGACGUAGUUGCUUUUCGUCGAGCUCAUCUAUGCGUUUUUCAUAAUUCUCGAUGAUCUGGUCAUACGAGUAAUUGAAUCGGUCAGGAGGAAUAACAAACUCAUAAUUCUUCUCUGCGGUGAACAGUGAGUCGAAAUCCAGCUCGCUUUUCGAAGGGCUCACGGAGUUGACCAGCAUCUCGUGUUCCAAAGAAGCGUCUGCCACAACCGUCUCAUUGGCCUGUAAUUCAACAAACUCAUCGAACAAGCCGCUAUCGAGCAUGUUGACGUCUCCGGAAAUGUUCACCUCGUACGAGCCAUUUUCCGUGAGAAACACGAUGGAUGUCGGCACGGGCGCAUAGGACAGCAGAUACGACUUGGCGUGUAUGAGCUUGUCACGGAAAGACUUUUUUCCGGUCCGAUCUUUGAAGUUGAAACCCGGAAGAAGGGCGCGACGGGUGCCACCCAGGUAUCUAUCAUUAUCAACACAGGCUCUGUCUAUGUUUCUAUUUGGGUUCUUGAAUUUGUGUUCAGGAUUGUAUGCAGGACCCUGGUAAAGAAUGUCGUCACAGGUGGGACGCUGGUCCUCUGGGAGUUCUAGAUAUCGGUUUAAAACUGAGAGAUCCACCCAGUCUUGCCAGGAAAACGGAACUGCGAUUUUAGCCAGAGUGGCGUUCCCAGAACCCUGCUCCAGAAGCUGUCUGCGAAUGUGGCUGAGGUACACCGACAUCGUAAUUCUUGGGUCAUAUAACAAGCGGGAUUCGCGGGUGGUUUUAUAAUCUGAAGGAUCGAAAGUUACAACCGCGUUGUUGAGAGUAGUGGAGAACUUCCAGUACUUGCCGUAGUUCUGCGAGAUGUCCAAGGAAUCCAGCUGGUCCUCAAACGAUUUUAUGAAAUCGUCCGGAUCUGUUGAGGACGAAGUUGCGCGUAUGAGUCCCGUAACAUCGUUCAACACAUCCAUCUGGGUUCCUGCCCCCAAGAAACUGACAAUCACCAAGUUGAGCAAACAGAUAGCUGCAAUAAGGGUCACGCAGCGUCGGCGUCGCGGAACCAUCAUCACGGCGUAUCUUUUGUUGCUAGCCGAUGUCAUUUACAAGAGGUGUGUGUAUG